AAUAUAUAUUAUAAUACAUAAAAUUUGUUAAAAAUGUAUACCCCUUUUCGACACGGCCAUUAAAUAGUUUAUACAAAUAAGUGACACUUUCUACACAGGCUCGGUCGCGAGUGACAUUGAUUAUCCCGCUAAUAGUGUAAAUUUUAACCAGACUUGGGUCAUCUAAAUCGUGCUUCAGGCGUUCUACAUACUGCAGUACCGCUAUAAAUUAUCACAAUUUUGUACCGACAUGUCAAUUCAAAAACUAACGCGUGCGGGUGCCUUGUGCAACACCUAACAUUUUCAUAUUAGUAGUCGAGUGGAACACUCGAGAAAAGUGUCGUUAUAACAAAUGCAUAGAUAAAAUUUUAAAAUUCAAAAUGAAAAUGAAAAUAAUUAUUACUUCCUUAUUUGUGUUUUUAUGUGAUUAUGGUGUUGCCGCAUUAAGUUUUCCUGGACCUCGAGUGUAUGUAGUUACUCCAUCACCGCGAAUGAAAAACGAUGAAUCAAAGCCAACUCCGUUCUAUUAUCAUAACUGGAUGCGAAGGAUGGACAAAAGACCAGAUAGUACUACAACUACAACCGCACAAACGUCGACUCUAAAGGUGAAGACUCCCGAUUUAAUAUUUGCUGAAUUUGAAUCAGAUGGUUCCAAGCAGAAAUCGAUAAGAAAAUUAUUAGAAAACGAGAGAAUACAACCAAAGAAAACUACUAUGACUCCCAUAUAUGUACCAGAUGAAGAGGAAAAUAAAGUCACUCGUGUAGUUAAUUAUGGUUUACCAGUGAAAACUAUUAAUCAUAAUGAAAGUUGGCCUGGAAACAAUAAGUAUUUAUUAAUAUCUCACGGUGAUAAUAAUAAAAAUUUGCCUGUGUAUGUAACAUCUCCGCCUACGACUUCGCCUGCUACGACAACAAAAAUAACGACGACUACUGAAUCACCUAUUAACGUUCAAAAUAUAUGGCACGUCAUUGAUAGUGAAAAAUCUGACAAAUAUUCGAAUAACUGGGAAGAAAUAUCAUUGGAAUCUAAGAAUGAAGAAAAUGCAAAUAGUCCGAAUACCGAUCAUGGAAUUAGAGAUGAGAAUAUUCAGAGCCCUAAUACUGAAGAUGAUGAUAUAACGAUUGAUGACAAUUUUGCGUUACCAGGAUUUGCAACGGAGCAUGGAAAUGGAGCCGAAAAUGAAUCCAGGGCUAUACGCACAGAGCAAAACAUACGAUUCCCGUACAUUAAUUUGAAACCAUUUCAGGUGAAGUCCUCAAAAACACCUGUACUUAACAAUAUAUCGAACGGUAAAAAAAAUAAUUUAUUUACAUCUUUAGAUAAUUUCUACGAUUUAAAAAGUCCCGUCAGAGGUGAAGCUCAAGAUACAGUCCCUAAAUCUCCACUCAUCGAUCGAUACAAUCCAGCUCAGCCAUAUUUACCGCAACAGAAAUAUGGUAGUAAUUUGUCAAAACAGAGUUCAGGAAAGGCAACAUCAAGUUUAGUGCCCCCGCCUCCUCCUCCACCAAACCCUUCAGGUAAUGAUUUCCCAGCGCCAACUAGUUAUGAAUCAUUUCCUCCAUAUGCCCCAUCUGCUCCUGAUUUUGCACCAGUGCCUGCACCUGCACCACUGCCUUCCCCACCUGUUUCUGUAUCUCUAACACCUUCAAAAAGUGUAGAUAUAACCGAUUUGGCGGCAUCCGUUCCAAGUUCCAAUGGGGACGGUCCUACAAUGGAAAUGGGUUAUCGUUAUAAACCACCAGUGGAUAUUGGGGAUACUGAUAAUAAUGCUCCUACAAUAAAUUCAGGAUAUCAAUACAAACCACCAUCAGCUCCCAUGCCUCAAUUCUAUCCUACACCUGUACCUUCAAGUAAACCGUUUCAAGGAUACUCAUAUAAUAAGCCAAGCAUGACUGCUGAUACAUCUCCGAUGACUGUAGCUGAUAAGCCUGAAUUUCAAGGAUACCAUUACAGUAAGCCAGUAUUUCAUAAACCGCCUGAAAAUAUGCCAUCAAGCUAUGGAUCCCUACCUACCUAUGGUACCGAUGAUUUUCCUCCAGAUACGUAUGAUCAUGACGAUUCACCUCCACAUAUCUACGGACACGACGACACUCCGCAUAUUGAAGAUGAUGACUAUUCACCUCCUGAUAGUCACGACUCUGAUGAUGAUAUGGCUUACGGUAAAAAGCCAUAUAAGGAUAUGAAAAAUGGUGAUGAUAUGCAAGAUAUGGGAAUGAAGCCGCCGGCACUUCACACAGAUAUAAAACCAGGUGCUUACGGACCUCCACCGGAUGAUCACGGUUUUCCAAGCGAUUUCCCAACCGACUUUAAGUUUCCUCAUGAUUUUGACCAUGAUCAUGAACACGAACAUUACCAUAUAGUUGAACAUCCGACUACGACAACUGAAACGCCUCGAGUAAACCGUUUUAGCUACUACUAUUUAGGAAAGAAACUUUAUUAUUUACCAUUGUAUUUUAGCGUGUACUUUAUAGUUUAUGUGGGAGCGUUAAUCAUUAAGGCUGUCUUGCGACACAAAAUUGUAUAUCCCAAUAGUUGGAGACCAAAUACGACGACAGCGACUUUCUUUUCAAAAAGGUCAGUCGAUGAAUAUCUCUCACACGAAAACCUUCACGAACUAACGAAAAAAGUAACGAACGCAAUCUCAAAAGCUGCAGAAAAAUAUUUGGACAGUAAAAAUAAAUCGACCUAAAUUAGGCUAUAAGAUCCAAGCACGAAUGUAUAUAAAACAAUAGAUUUAUGUUAAUUAGUGUUAAGUUUUUAGUUAGAACUUAGAAUUAAAUAGGUAUGUGCGUUAGGAACUGGACAUAUUUAAAUGGAGCAUUAAAUAAGCCAAAUUAUUUGAGUAUUUGUUCAUUAUCUUAACGUUGAGCUAUUGAAUUAAAUAGUUACAUUUUAUA